GUUCCGUAGCUGCCAAAACACCGAUCCAAUCCAACCCAACCCCAAUAUAUAAACACAAAAAUCUCACUUCUCUUUCUUCUUUCUUUCGUAAUCCCCCAACCCAACCCCGAUCAAAACCCCACCCACGCUCUUGAUGCUUCCAAUUCCAAUUCCAAUUCCAAUUCUGCAUCUCACCCCUCCUCCUCCUCCUAUUAUUGAUUAGUUACUUAGUGCCGAUUGAACUGUAGCUAUAGCCAUGACUUCUCUUCAGCUACUACAGUUGACGGAGCGUGGUCGUAGCCUUUUUUCCUCCGGUCGCAGGAAAGCCCUAUUGGUGGCAAGUGGCAUUAUAGUUGCUGGUGGAACUGCUGCAUAUAUGCAAUCUCGGAGCAGAGUAAGAAGGCCCAAUGGAAUUGACAAGGAGUUGGAUGACGGGAAGAAUAAGAAUAAUGUUAUUAAAAAAAGUAGGCAAAAGAAAGGACUAAAAUCACUCCAGGUCUUGGCUGCAAUUCUGCUAUCCCAUAUGGGUAGGAUGGGUGCAAGGGACCUUUUAGCUCUUGUCGCCACCGUGGUCUUACGAACUGCUGUGAGCAAUAGAUUAGCAAAAGUUCAAGGGUUCCUAUUUCGUUCUGCUUUUCUUCGACGAGUGCCGGCCUUUGUUCAGUUGAUUGUUGAAAAUAUUAUCUUAUGUUUUGUUCAAUCUGCUUUAUAUUCUACAUCCAAGUAUAUAACAGGGACCUUAAGCUUGAGGUUCAGAAAGAUAUUGACGAAGCUUAUUCAUGCGCAAUAUUUUCAGAAUAUGAUAUACUACAAAAUGUCCCAUGUUGAUGGGCGGAUAACUAAUCCUGAGCAAAGAAUUGCGAGUGAUGUACCAAGGUUCUGCUCAGAAUUGAGUGAUCUUGUACAAGAAGAUCUCAUUGCAGUUACUGAUGGCCUUCUGUAUUCUUGGCGCUUGUGUUCUUAUGCAAGUCCCAAGUAUAUACUUUGGAUUUUGGCUUAUGUGGUAGGAGCAGGAGCCACAAUCAGAAACUUCUCUCCUGCAUUUGGUAAAUUGAUGUCUGAAGAACAACAGCUUGAAGGUGAGUAUAGGCAACUUCACUCAAGGUUAAGGACUCAUGCCGAAAGUAUUGCCUUUUAUGGUGGUGAAACUCGAGAAUCAUCCCAUAUCCAGCAAAAGUUUAAGUCACUUGUUCGUCAUUUGAAAAAAGUCCAACAUGACCAUUGGUGGUUUGGCAUGGUUCAAGAUUUCUUGUUAAAGUAUCUUGGAGCAACUGUUGCUGUCAUUUUAAUUAUAGAGCCUUUCUUUUCUGGCACUUUGAGACCUGACACCUCAACAUUAGGAAGGGCCGAAAUGUUGAGCAAUUUGAGAUACCAUACCAGUGUUAUAAUAUCAUUGUUUCAGUCCUUGGGAACUCUCUCCAUAAGUUCUAGACGCCUUAAUCGUCUAAGCGGCUAUGCAGAUCGUAUUCAUGAACUUAUGGCUGUAUCUAGAGAGUUAAGUCCAAAAGAUGUACCUUCUUUACAAAGAAGAGGAAGUAAGAAUUAUAUAACUCAAGCAGACUACAUAGAGUUUGAUAAAGUCAAGGUGGUUACUCCAAGUGGUAAUGUCUUGGUGGAAGAUUUAACAUUAAAAGUCGAAUCAGGGUCUAAUCUUUUAAUCACAGGACCAAAUGGUAGUGGGAAAAGCUCACUGUUCAGAGUUUUGGGAGGGUUGUGGCCUUUGGUGUCUGGACACAUUGUAAAACCCGGGGUUGGUUCGGAUCUCAAUAACGAAAUUUUUUAUGUCCCCCAAAGACCCUAUACAGCUGUUGGAACACUUCGUGACCAGUUGAUAUAUCCUCUUACCUCAGAUCAACAAGUUGAACCCCUCACUCACAAUGAAAUGCUUGAGCUAUUAAAAAAUGUUGACCUUGAGUAUUUAUUGAAUCGUUACCCACCUGAAAAAGAGAUAAACUGGGGGGAAGAGUUGUCCCUUGGGGAGCAACAAAGACUAGGAAUGGCUCGGCUUUUCUAUCACAAACCAAAGUUUGCAAUUCUUGACGAAUGCACAAGUGCUGUUACAACUGAUAUGGAAGAACGCUUCUGUGCUAAAGUCAGAGCUAUGGGAACAUCCUGCAUCACUAUAUCUCAUCGACCCGCUCUUGUUGCAUUUCAUGAUGUUGUACUCUCUUUGGAUGGGGAAGGGGGUUGGAGAGUUAAUUACAAAAGGGAAGAUUCCCGGGCUCAUAGUGGCAUUGACACUGAGUUUCCUAAACUAAAGUCAUCUGAAACAGAACGUCAAAGUGAUGCAAUGGCAGUUCAACGUGCAUUUGAGGAUACAAGAAAUAAUUGUGAUCUGCAGCAGGAGUCUACUUCCAAGUCUACUCAGUCAUAUUUUUCAGAGUUAAUAGCUGCAUCCCCAUCUGAGGAGAUUACUAGCUCUGUGCCUGUUGUCCCACAACUGCGUAAUGAUCCUCGGGUACUGCCCUUAAGAAUAGCUGCCAUGUUUAAAGUACUGGUGCCCACUGUAUUGGAUAAGCAAGGAGCACAACUUCUUGCUGUUGCUCUUCUUGUAGUCUCAAGAACUUGGAUAUCGGAUCGUAUAGCUUCUUUAAAUGGAACGACUGUGAAGUAUGUUUUAGAGCAAGAUAAAGCAGCCUUUAUACGCUUGAUUGGUGUUAGUGUCCUUCAGAGUGCCGCUUCUUCUUUUGUUGCACCUUCUUUGAGACACUUGACUGCGAGGCUUGCACUCGGAUGGAGGAUUAAGUUGACUUCUCACUUGCUUAAGAAUUACUUGAGUAAAAAUGCAUAUUACAAGGUAUUUCAGAUGUCAGGAGUUAGCAUUGAUGCAGAUCAGAGAAUAACACAAGAUCUCGAAAAGUUAACAACAGAUUUGUCAGGGCUCGUAACAGGAAUGGUAAAGCCAACCGUUGAUAUUUUAUGGUUCACGUGGAGAAUGAAGAUGUUAACUGGUCGACGAGGUGUUGCUAUUCUAUAUGCAUACAUGUUGCUAGGUUUAGGCUUUUUAAGGAGCGUGACUCCAGAUUAUGGUGACCUCGGAAAUCGGGAACAAGAACUCGAAGGAAGCUUUAGGUUCAUGCACGAGAGGCUGCGUACCCAUGCUGAAUCUGUUGCUUUCUUUGGAGGCGGUGCUAGAGAAAAAGCGAUGAUUGAGUCAAGAUUUAAUGAGGUUCUCGUUCAUGCGAAAACACUUCUAAAGAAGAAAUGGCUAUUUGGUGUGCUAGAUGACUUUGUGACUAAACAAUUACCUCACAAUGUGACCUGGGGACUGAGCUUGUUAUAUGCUAUGGAGCACAAAGCUGACCGUUCAUUGACUUCCACUCAAGGCGAGUUGGCACAUGCGUUGAGAUUUUUGGCAUCUGUUGUAUCACAAAGCUUCUUGGCCUUUGGGGACAUUUUGGAGCUUCAUAGAAAGUUCAUCGAACUCUCUGGUGGCGUUAACCGGAUUUUCGAGCUCGAAGAGUAUCUUGAGGCUGCACAAUCUGAUGAAACUGUGGGUACUUCAUCACAGUCUGAUGAGGGGGAUGGUAUCUCAUUUUUGGAGGUUGACAUCAUUACACCAGCACAGAAGUUAUUAGCCAGAAGGUUGACAUGUGAUAUUUUGCCAGGGAAAAGCCUUCUUCUUACUGGUCCGAAUGGGAGUGGUAAAAGCUCGGUGUUCAGGGCUUUAAGAGGCCUUUGGCCUAUAGUUGACGGACGGCUUGUUAAACCGUCAUCCAGCUCUGAGUGUAGUAUAUUUUAUAUUCCUCAAAAGCCGUAUACUUGUUUAGGAAGCUUACGGGAUCAAAUUAUCUAUCCUCUCUCCUAUCAGCAAGCACAAAACCGGGCAUUGAGUUUGUAUCAACAAGGUGAAAUAGACACAGAUAUUCUGGAUACACAUCUGAAAAGGAUUCUAGAGAAUGUGAAAUUAUCAUACCUGUUUGAAAGGGAAGGCUCCAGCUGGGAUGCUAGUCACAACUGGGAAGACAUCCUUUCUCUUGGUGAACAACAGAGAUUAGGCAUGGCUCGGUUAUUCUUUCACAAGCCUCGGUUUGGCAUCCUUGAUGAAUGCACCAAUGCUACAAGUGUCGAUGUUGAAGAGCAUCUUUAUAGGCUUGCACGUGACCUGGGCAUCACCGUCAUUACAUCAUCUCAGCGUCCUGCUUUAAUACCAUUCCACUCGAUGGAAUUACGAUUGAUUGACGGUGAAGGCAAGUGGGAGCUCAGGUCAAUCAAGCAAUGAGUCGAAACGUUUCUUCCUGCAAAAUAUAUUCUAAAAUAAAGGGACCAGCUGAUUGAUUAUUUCAUGUAAUAUAAGAAACAUAUGUAUAUUUGUUAUGUUUUGUUUUCUUGUAAACAACACUAGGAGUUAUAGUCAUUUUGAUUAACAUAGGAUGAAGGCAUUUAAGAAACCUAGGUAAGUUGUUGGUCAAUCAAAUCUUUCCUAAAGUUUUACUGGUAUGAUUUAGUAA